CGGAGUGACCGGUGCAGUUGAGAUACGGCAAAAAAAUGGUUAACUUUACGGCAGCUAGUUCGAAUUGUUCCGACGUGCGAACUUCGAGACAACGUCAAAGUAUAACUCCGAGUCGAGGAGUGUGUAAAAAUCUAUUUGGAACUGAUAACCGCGAUGAAUUUCGCGAAGAAGUGCGGCAACAAAAUAUCGAAAGACUACAAGAAAAGAAACUACAAUACAAUUUUGAUUUUGAAAAGGAAGAACCGUUGCCGGGCCGUUAUCUUUGGGAAAGAGUUUCAAAUUUGAACAGAACUAGGAAUUGUAACAAAUUACCAACAGAAGAUAGGGCGAUCUCGAAAAAUAGAGGUUCUCAAGUACUUUCCAAGAACGAUUCGCUAAAGAACACAUCGUCGAAAGAUCAAGGGGAACAUAAAAUAACUGGUAAGCUAUAGUUCCUUUCAGUUGUGGUUUUUAGUAAGCGAUAUAUGGGGCACCAAAUGAUGGUGAGCUUCAGAAAUGAUAACAUUUGAACGAUCACACAAAUGAAAUUACAUCUCUGAAUUCAAUUUACUGAGCAUGAAAUGCAGGACUAGCUGUACUUCAAAUAAUGAAAACAGUUUACAAUACAAUCUUACUCCGACAGCUACAAGUUAAUUAACUACCGAUUGUGCUUUAGUGAAUUUUUUUAACUAAACUGAAGAUUAGUACUACAACUAUAUAUUGGAGCAUAUAGUACAAAUAUCGUAAACUAUAAGAAUCAAAGGAGAAGUCAUUCACUGACAGAAUACUACAAGGCCCAAUAUCAGAUGAUAAAUUAUUAUAACUGUCUGACGGUUGCUGGGUAACCAAAUAAGCCAACGGUUUGGGGGAAAUAUUAAAUAUAUUGGGUAUAAUCCCCAAAACCACACGAAAUGCUUACAUACAAAUAUAAAUGAACUGAUGGUCAUGGACUAGUCGAUUUUUAGUAUAUCAGUGACAGUGUAAUACUAUAAUACUGUGAUAGUUUUCUAAGGCACUAAUCAAGACUUAUACUUACAUUUAUUUUAGACGUGCAGGUUGCGUGUAUAUAUUGUACAAGCCUUAAGGCUAAGCCUCUAGUUAUAAGGAAUGCCAACAUAUUGGUGGCUCUCGUGCAGUAAACCAUUUUGCUGCAUGGUGCUGUAUAUGCUGGCCAACUUCAAAUGUAUAUGACACUUAUACACGAGCAAGCAAAUUAUGGUAAAUGUUUGCACUAUACAAUGUAUUUAUCUGACGCAAUAUAUACGGUAAACAAUUUAGUGACUCGCGGAUAUACUGUCCUUCCUUGCCAUUAACACUGUAACACAUAAGUAGGUAUUAUCUGCCGUGUUACGAGUCCUAUAUAAGCUCAAAUGGGUGGAGUUCCGUAUAGUUGUAUGCUUCAGUAUUUUACAUAUGUAAUGCAAUUUUUUCGCAACUGUCAACUAUAAGAACGACACUGCAAAUUCUCCCUCAAUGAUCAAUUAGCGUUUCUCACGAAAGCUAAAAUGCGCCAUUUUGGGGGGUACUGUCUGCACUCGUGAACGAUUCCAGACAAUUCAAAAAACGUGAAAAGCGACUUUUAAACUUGUAACUGUAAAUUUACCAUUAUACAAACUACAGUACUAAAAAGUUGCAUUUCGUGGUGCGGAGACUCUCAAAGGCGGAAGAGGCAGCACCCCAGAAAUGGUGGACAAAUCGGCCGUGCAUGAGAGGCUAAUUCUGUUUGGUAAAAUGGUCUUAUACUGUAUAGCAAGGGCUCGUUGUUCAAAGCUGGAUUAGUGCCAACUCAAGAUUAUAAUUUAACUCCCUGUUUCAGUUCGUGUAUCUCUGCACGUCUGUUUAUUUCAAAACAUCAGGAAAAAAGAACUCCUUCUGAUCCAUACAAGAUUUCUAAAGAAAUAUUUCCAAAUUUAUAAACAAGCUGUUUGGAAAGUUUGCUUUGAAUUUUAAGUUAACCUUGAAAAUAACCGUUAAACUAACCGGCUUUUGAACAACCGCGGGCCCAGAAGAAUAGAGCCAUGUGUUAAUGUUUGUGACAAACUUGCCGGUAAUGAAAUUAACUUAAAAAGGGCCGAGAAUACUUCAUUCCAUGCACUGCGUAUACAUGCAGAUGUGUACAAAUACUUGAAACAUUUUCGAGAACAUCUUUAUCCUGAAAAUUCCGUUAGGAAACACUCUCUUAGCUCUCUUAGUCUAUGGCGUCUUAUGAUUUUAAUAUUGAGUGCCUCUUGUGUGUGGGUGAAACCUGUAAAGGCAUGUUUGGAGAGUCAAGACUACGUUCACAUUACGCCGGGGCGAAACGCAAAACUAUCACGCUAUACGUAUUACGUCUCUUCACACUGAACCGUUAGUUUCCAUACGGAUUCGCAAAACGAGCUCAAAUAGUGAAAAAUUUGAAAAAAUACUAAUAAAAGGAUAAUAAAAGAAUGCUAAAGUAAAAAAAUAAUUUAAAAACUGUUAAAGUGGAGCAAGAUAAAGACAGUGCCGUUGCCCACAAGAAGCCGCUAGGCGCUCCGUUUUCAUCUCGUUCGCUUUAGAGAUUGUGCUCAAAUUGUUACGGCAAAAGUGACGUUUUCAAACUCGUUCAAACCGCUCCAGCGUAGUGUGGACGUAGUCUCUAAUUCAGUUCUUUGAAAACCGUCAGAUUCCUACACUGUGGAUUUUUCUACGCCUCAUUUGCACGUGAGAGCAGUACUUUCAUUUUCACUUCACAUUUUCUUUGGGUAUAAUUGAUGUAUUUAGUAUAACUUUGGAUCAAAACGUUACGUCGAUACCCCAACCGGACUUCUGUGAAGAACAGUUUAGGACUAAUAUCUAAUAUACUGAUAAAGUUAUUAAGUUAAUCAUCUUAGCGGCUGUUCAUGUAAGCCGCUAAGUGUCAUGGAUAUAAGGCGGAAUCGCGCUUCGCUCAAGCGGGAGUCCGGUAAACUACAGGGCUGGCCCAGUUCCAAUUGGAAACAAAUUGUGAAGACUUAGGUAAAUUCUAAGUUUUGAAGGAUUUGUAAGAACUGUUUGAGAGAACUGACUCAGUAGUGUUUAACAUUGAAUCUGUUUCCUCAAACACUUCUUACAAAUCCUUCAAAACUUAUAAUUUAUGGCUAUGCAAAAUUUCUAUUGUGAUCACAGAAACUUUGAUAGUGUGAACAAGGCUUAUGAUUCUACCAAACCUUGAAAUACCAUUUUAAAGUGCAGCAUUGCCUCUAAAUUACUAAAACCUACAUCAUCUUAAUCCAAUUUCAAUUUUACAAUUUAUCUAAUUAUUGCAUCACCUAUUAUAGUUAAUAUGACGUUCUCGGUGCACAGUACAUUGAAUAAUUCAACCUUAGCCAGCCUGCCUGAGUUCAUUAAAUUAAAAAAAACUGAUGAGAUCAUAAGUUUAAAAGGUUUGCCAGGCUUUAGUUUUAUUUGAAAGCUAAUAUUGAUGAUUAUGUCUCAACAAACUCACAAGCUAACCUGCUCUUUAUUUCUAGAUUACUUUCGUUCAAAGAAAAGAAAAUACGACGAAACAGAAAAGGACCACACAGCCGGAAUCAAUGAACCCAACCACAAAAUAAGGCAUACAACAACCCAUAGAGACUUGGAUAAAGCUUGUACGUGUUUAAAUGCAUGUAAAUGUACUUGAAACUACAAGGUGAGGCGGCUUUCAUUGCUGGUUUGAGUGGCAUUAUAGCCUAUUCAAAAUAGUUGUAGCACUUAGGAUCAUUCUGAGAGCGUUGUCCGGAAAACAGGAUAUAUACAAAGAAACGUAAAAAAAAUUUUUUCUCUUGUGCGUACGCAAACUUUCAAAAUUCAUCAAAUAUCUUUCUGGCGAAGUUUUAGAAUACUGUAUAUGCAAUGAGAUAGUUGGGUGCAAAAUUUGUUAGGUGUAACUCAAAAUUUGUUAGGUGUAAUACCGUUCCAGUACAUGAUACCAUGUACUGGGAUAUACAGUAUGCAUGAGCCUUCGUGGGCGAGAGAAUACUGCCUAAAACAUAAACCGGAUUUUUUUGCUAAUCCAUGAAAGUGCGACUUUGUGGCCAUUUGGGAUCCAUGCACAACAGACACUCAAUAUGAUCUGAAAGAGAAGCUUUGAGAUUGAUGGACUGUUGUAAUGCCAAGUUUCUAGAAAAUAUCUUGAUUAUCUAUGCUUAACCAUUGAGUUGCAUUGCACCCCAAUGCACCCAACUUUGUCAAACGGUAAACGAUUUUACUCGUCAAGGGGAGAGUGCUGGCGCUCAAUGGGUAAAUUCAUUUCAGAGAACUUAAGUAUAUACCAGUAGGUGGUACUUCUUAAUGCUCAACUUGACUGGUCAGUCUAGUUUAGCAAGAGUUUAAGAGCCAGUUUGCUACUGGGCAAUCAUUCAUCUAAGUAAUCAUAGAGUUAUGGAAUAUCAUUUUAAAGUUGGCUACAUCCAUGAUUAUAUAUUUAUAAACACACCCAUGGCAAUGACUUGAAGCAUACUUUAGAUGUAGGUUAAUACUCUGAGGGGAUAUUCCGGCAUCCAAGCAACAUAAAAGAGUCUUUCUGUAUCACAAAUAAACUCUCAAAAAGAACACACUUGUGCACAAAAGGCCCGCACAAGUUAAUGACGUCCAAAUCACUCUGGAAAAUAAUAAUCUUGAGUGUUGGCUAAAUAUGGGUCUUUUACACAAUUUCAUCUUCACUUCUUCUAUAAGUCUUUAAUUGACACAAAUACAUGGCAAAUUGAAUCCUCGAGUACAGUUGCCUAGCACAUACAUAGCAUUUAACAACAUGUACCACCCAAUCAUAAACUAACAUUAAAGCUGAGAGUUUAGCCCGAGGGCCAAAGGAAACCAAACGCACCCCACACAGUUUUGAGAUCGAUCCAAAUUACCGGAAAUAUUUUGAAUUUCAGAGGAGCAAAUGCACAUUGUGAGCCAAGGUCAUGAAUGGCUAAGAGCAGACUGGGUUGCCACAUUUAUAAGCUAGGCCUCGUCAGGGUAAAUUCCAACAGCAAAAAUAAAGGGAAUGAAGCAGCAAGAAGGGUUUUCAGAGAUGGAAUUUUUGAAGGCUAACUUAUUAUAUACACAUUUAUAGACCUAAGUCACCUAACAUGCAGGGAUGGAUCCAGCAUGAUCUGGAGGGGGGGGGGGUGCUCUGGUGCCGACUGCCGAGUUGUGUCGGUCAUGUGUGCUGCCCGCCCAUCAGCUACUGUAUUUGAAUUGUAACUGUUGUUCAUAGUUCACUUAUCAUCAUGUUAUUACUCAAAUUACUGUAUCUCAUUUUGUUUUUUUUUGCUUUAUCAUGCCAGGGCUAGGGCACCCCCCAGUAAAUUCAUCCCUGCUAACAUGAAGCAACUGCAAUUAUAAGCCCACUGGCAAAGGCCGUACGACUGCCAACUCUGACAUGCAUGUAUACUCACACACUAAUAUCACACUCAACAACAAAAUUUAUUAUUUUCAGGUGCAGAGAUAAGACAAAAAUUCCAACAAAUUACAUACGGCAAGACUCGGAAGUGUUCAGAAGCAAAUCCUUAAUUAUGAAUUAUUAUGCAAAAUAAAGUUUAAAAUUCCUGUACAAUGUAAUAUAUAAAAUUGGUGAAAGAGUAUAUUAUGAUAGAGGUAUUUAUAUUGUGAAACAAGGAAGGUGUUUGAAGGGUCUGAUUACAUAACUUGGACACUUUCCAACAAGAUUUUGGACGUGUAAAUUUAAAAAUCUAGAUGUAGGUUCAUGAGCAAUUCCUUGAUGCACAUCAAGAGCCAGUCAAGGUCACAAAUGUAGGAGUUAAUGUAACAAUGGGUCAUUCCUGAAAAGAUUCACACUCCCCCCAAGAAGGAAAUUUCUGCCGUCUGGGGGAGGGGAAAAAAUUUCUCUUGGAUGAUAGCUAGUGUAUUAAUAGGACAUCUGAAAGGGAUAGGGGAGUUAACUUCCAAUUUCCUCCGUGGGGGAGGUGUAUAUGGAUGUUUAGCCUGCAUGGCAGGCCCUCAGUUUUAUGGGGGGCCUGAUUUGC